AUGCCUAUUUUUUUUUUUUUUAAAGUUUUAGCAGCCCACGAAAGUGAGAGAUGGCGUCAAUUUUGUAUACAAUAUGCAAAAUCCAUCGCUUUCAAUUUUGCCGAAAGUUGGCAACAAUUCAUUUCGAAUUGCGAAAGUUCCGGCCGAUUAAACAUUCAUCGUGACGAUGUAGUCGAGCAGUUUACUCGAACAAUUAGCGAGGAACUCAACGAGCGAUUAGGUCUAGGGAUGGGAUCUUCAUGUUCUAUUUUGCCAAUAAGGCAUCGUGAAAAUGAAAAAAGCUGGCGAUCAUGGAGUGGACAUGGACGACCGGCAAGCAUUGCUGAAACCGGUUGCCUUCCUCGCUCUCGAUCCGAAAUUUUACCAUGCGAGAUUGCUUCACAGUUCGAAGCAAGCCAGCAGUCUGUAGCUGCUUCGCGAAAGUCAAAGAGAUUUUCAUGGUUUCGUUCUCGAUUUCCCGUCAAAACAGCUGUAGAAAGUAAUCGAGCAAAAUCAGGUAUUUUUUGCAUGCUAAUCAUGGAAAUUCGAGAAGCGACACCACUCGAAUUUGAAGAUUCAAACGAGAAAAUAUUUGCUAUCCGUGGAUAUAACCAGGAUGAAUACGUUAUUGAGACAAAAAAUCAUAGCGAAUGCCAAGAAUGGAUUUCAGCGAUCAGAGAUUGCAUUACAAUCUUGGACUGUGAUUUAGCUCGAAAGGUUAUGAGGCAUCCAUCCGCACCACCUAUGGGCAGUGAUUUUGCUUCUACUAGCCAUUUUUGUUCAACCAGGUCAUUAAAUAAUGUGCAUUUUAUGAUGUGUUCGCAACCUUGUAAUAGUCGCUUUCUUCCUUCCAUGCAUGCUUUGCCACCCGGCUUAGAAAUGUAUCCAUGGUUCCAUGCCCGCUUGUCACGUAAUCUGAGCACUAGGCUGGUACUUCAUAAUGGAGUUGGUGGUCACGGAUUGUUUCUCGUACGACAAAGUGAGACACGUCCUGGCGAAUUUGUAUUGACCUUCAAUUGUCAAGGAAAGGCAAAGCACGUUCGUAUUUUGGUGAAAACGAAUGGUGAAUGUAGGAUUCAUCAAAUGAUAUUCGAUACGAUGAUCGAUUUACUCGAAUAUUUUCGCGCAAAUCCUUUACCCUUAGAAGAUAUUUCAAAUCCACCGAUGCUUCUUAAUGAAUUCGUUAUUUGUUGGAGACGAAGAUCUUUAGCGCCCGAUCUUGAUGUGAGAGAUUUUUUGACUUACGCUGGCUCAGUACGUCUUGAUAUUCGUGCGUUAGAGGAAUUGGCUCGACAUGAACAAUUAAAUCGCCAUCAUCGUACAUUUUCAACAGUACUUCCAAAUGCAUAUCUUUCAUGCUUGGCUAAGACCAUUAUUAAUGCUCUUUUACUCGUAUAUUUCGCUGGAUUCGCAAUUCAAUUACAGAUAAUUGUUAAAUUGCCUCAACUUAUAAUAUCCAAUUAA